GAGAGAUCCUUUCCCCAUUGUUCAUCACUGAGCAGGCAUAGGAAAACUCAUUCUCUAGAGAAGUUUCACAAGUGCAAAGACUGUGGGAAACAAGCCAUCUAUUUAUUUUAUUUCACUGAAAGAGAAACUCAAAGAAGGGAAAUAGUAAGAAAUGACUGAUUCUCCAGUAAACAUGUCACAGGGCCUGUUGACAUUCCGGGAUGUGACUGUGAACUUCUCAAAAGAGGAGUGGGAAUGUCUGGACUUUACUCAGAGGGCUUUGUACAUCGAGGUGAUGUUAGAGAAUUACAAAAACUUGCUGUUUGUGGAGAACUGCAAAUGUGAUCCUGUCCAUCAACAUGUGAAGACUGAAAAUCAGUCUUGUCAGUGUAAUGAGCUUGACAAACUGCUUCAUGAUCUCUCCAUGUGUGCAGUUUAUAGGACAAAUGAAACUUCAGAAAACUCUAAUAACUAUAGAUGCAAUAGUCACAGGGAUGCCUCUGUUAGCUCAUCAAACAAAGAUAGACAUGAAAGCAUGCACACUGGAGAAGAACCUUGCAAAUCUAAAGACUAUGAGAAAGCAUUAAAUUUGUGUUCCAACAUUAUUCAAGAUCAGAUACUCUACACUACUAAGAAAGAGCACAAGCAAGGAGAAUAUGGUGACUAUUUUGACUCUACAUAUAGUCUUUUGCAGCAACCAAUCUACAUCGGUGAAACACCACACCGUUGUCAGACAUGCGCAAAAUGCUUCAGGACUUCCUCAGACCUCAGAAAACAUGAAAGGAUUCAUACAGGAAUUAAACCCUACAAGUGCAACAUUUGUGAAAAAUCCUUUACCCAGCGUUCAAGUCUUAAAAUACACCAAAGGCUUCAUACUGGGGAAAAACCUUACAAAUGCAAAGAAUGUGGAAAGUCAUUUCGUCAAUUGUCAGGAAUCAAUAGCCAUCAGAAAACACAUACAGGAGAGAAGCCUUACAAAUGUAAGGAAUGUGACAAGUCCUUUGCACAUUAUUCCAGUUUCAGGAGACAUCAGCGCUCACACUUUAAAAGCCAUUACAGACUCCACACUGAAGAGAAACUUUACAAAUGCAAUGACUGUGACAGAUCCUUUCCCCACUAUUCAUCACUGAGUAGGCAUAGGAAAACUCAUUCUCUAGAGUUUCACAAAUGCAAAGAAUGUGGUAAGUCCUUUAUUAAAUUAUCACAGCUUAACAUGCAUUACAGAAUUCAUACUGGUGAAAGGCCUUACAAAUGUGAGGUGUGUAACAAAUCCUUUACUUGGAAAUCAAUUCUUAGAACACAUCGGAAAAUGCAUACUGGGGAGAAACCUUACAAAUGUAAGGAAUGUGACAAAUCCUUUACUGAACAGUCAUAUCUUAGAAGACAUCAAAGUGUUCACACUGGAGAGAAACUUUACAGAUGUAUGGAAUGUGACAAGUCUUAUACCAGCUGCUCAUAUCUUAGAGCACAUCAGAAAAUUCAUACUGGAGAGAAACUUCCUAAGUGCAAAUACUGUGAAAUAUCCUUUAUUCAUAUUUCAAGUCUUAGAAAACAUCAGAAACUUCAUACUGGAGAGAGACCUUACAGUUGUAAGGAAUGUGACAAAUCCUUUACCAGUUCCUCAAAUCUCAGAAGACAUCAGAGUGUUCACACUGGGGAGAAAUCAUACAAAUGUAUGGAAUGUGAAAAGUCCUUUUCUCAGGACUUAUAUCUUAGAGAACAUCAGAGAGUUCAUACUAGAGAGAGACCUUACAGUUGUCAAAAAUGUGCCAAAUCUUUUUCCCAAUCUUAUGAUUUAAAGAAACAUCAGAAAAUUCAUACUGGAGAGAAACUUCACAAAUGCAAAGACUGACAUAUCCUAUAUCCAUAUUGCAAGUUUUAGAGUAAAUCAGAGAGUUCAUACUGGAGAGAGACCUUACAGUUGAAAGGACUGUAACAAAUCCUUUUCCAGUUUCUCAAAUCUUAGAAGACAUCACUGUGUUCACACUGAGGAGAAACCCUACAGAUGUAUGGAAUGUGACAAUUUCUUUACCAGAGAUCCAUAAUUUAGAAGGUAUCAAAAAAUUCAUACUGACAAGAGAACAGUAUGAAUGGAUAUGUGACAAAUCCUUUUUCCACUCUUAUGGUUUAAGGAGAUAUCAGAAAAUUCACAAUGGAGAGAAACCACACAGAUGCAAAGACUGAGGCAUCCUUUAUCCAGAUUUCGAAUCUUAGAAGAUAACAGAAAAUUCAUACUGGAGAGAAACAUACCAUUGUAAAUAAUGUGAUAUAGCAUUUCCCAGUAUUCUCUACUUAAAAAUUGCAA